AUGAAAAUAGGGGAUGACACCUCUGAGGACGUUAGCGCCUCAAUUUAUGAUUGGCCGUGGCCACCCACACCCCACACGGGAAACCAAUGUUCCCGCCCCUCUUCUAUCGAGGAUCCAGUAAAUCAGCCGCAAGUGACCACCCCUGAAUUAGACAAUGGAAAGGAUUACUAUGACUAUGAAUAUCCUUACAAUCAAUGUUGUGAAUCGGAGACGCUUCGACAGCUGCUGGCGACACUAGCCUUCGGGAAGUUAAACCAAACUGUACAACAAAGAAGUGGCUAUGGGUACAUGAAUCCCACAACGGAAUAA